UUUUCUUGUUGGCUUGUCAGGCGGCACGAGACUCGCGGGUUUUAGCAUGCAGUUGUUGAAAUGAAAUGCUAACAAAUGCUAACAAAAUAUUUAGAUUAAACUUGUAUUCCACCACCUGUGAAGGAACAAAUCGAAGUGUAUCAUAAGUUGUCGCGUUGGAGCAUUUGGAUUUCACAUCAAUAUAAACAGGAUUGCGACAAAUGCCUUAACUUCCUGGGGCGUAUUGUCUUACCAGAUUGGUUCUCAAGUGUACCAACCCUGGUGUCUGAGAGAUCUACCCUGAUCGGGAGGAGAUGAGCUGGGCAGAGGAGGACUGGACGGUGGGCCUGUCUGGCCGGGCCCUGCAGAAGGUCAAGGAGCUGCAGGUCCAGCAGGAGAGGCUGAACAGAGAGAGACAGCAGAAACAGCUGCAGCUGGACAGCACACAGACCUCCCUCAACAAACAGACUGUCAAGUAUGAGGAGGUGCGCGGGGAGCUGCAGUGUGUACAGAGGGAGUUACAGGGGGCUCGUGAGGAGGUGCAGGCAGGUGUGUGUGCACGGGAGCYUCUCUCUCAGGAUCUCCAAGUGAAACAGGCCCAGGUGUGUUCACUGGAGGGACAGCUGGGCUCGGCACAAACCCUCACACACACCCUCGAAAAGGAGGUCAAAAGGUUGGAGGCAGAGCUAGAGAAGUUACAGAACACUAACAGCUCUGGAGAUUCCAUGUUGUUUUCCACCCCAUGCUGGAGUAUGACAUCGCCAUGGGACCACAAUGGUGGGAGACAGGAGGAAAGGCAGGGACACAGAGGCGAGGGGGACAAUAAAGCACCACACGUCAGACAACAGCUCAAAUUCUCUGAACCUGGAUUCUCACCCACGCCUAUGUUCCCACAACAACAAGCCAAGGGCACGCCCCACCAGCGCCUGUCACACCAAUCAGACUCCUCCACUCCCUCAGCUGUGUUUCCGUGGGAACGAGAAGACCCAAAGCCUUCCACCAGGGGACGAACAGCUCCUCCUCCUCCUCUCCCCUCCAGCGAUGUCAUCAGACGAGGCCAGGAAGCUGGGGAUUGUGGGAUGGUGGAGGACUUCAGGAGAGAGACAGACAUGGCAGGGUGUGUAGCAGAGCUGCAGGGGCGUAUGCGUGGCCUACAAGGGGAGCUGAAGGCUGAGUGUGAGCGGUUCAGACAGUCCCAGGAUGCUCUAGCCAACGCCAGGAAAGACCUGACCACCAGAGAACAAAGUCUACAGAGGGCCAAGGAUGAACUGAGCCUCGCUCACACGCGCAUCUCACAGGAGAGCGAUCGGGCCCAGUCGUUGGAGCAGCGUGUGAAGCAGCUGCAGGAGGAACUGAAGUGUCAGAGACAGAACACUGAGAGCAGCCGCCUGCAGCACCAGCAACGCGCCAGAGACCUGGACAAGCAACACCAGAGGGACUUGUUGGAGCUGCAGAAAGAGUGUCAGUCUGUGGAGAAACAGCACCAGCUGGAUGUUAACAAACUGAACCAGGAGGUCCAGCAGGCCAGAACACUACACAACACACUACAGGCCCAGUCUGAGAAGUGGAGUGUUGAGCGGGGAAGGUAAUACUGGUGUGACUGACUGACUGUUCAGAACCUUUGAC